AUGUCUGCCGACAAAGGCAUCCAGAAGGUUACGCUCACCAGCAACGAGGGCACAAGCAUCGAAGUUGACCGCGUCGUUGCCGAGCGGUCAAUGCUCAUCAAGAACCUGAUCGACGAUUUGGGCGACGAUGCCGUCGAGAGCAGCCCGAUUCCGAUUCCCAACGUCAACGACCCCGUCCUGCGCAAGGUGAUUGAGUGGUGCGAGCACCACCGCAAUGAUGCCGCCCAGUCGGCCGAUGACGAGAACGACAGUCGCAAGAAGACGACCGACAUCGACGAGUGGGAUCAGAAGUUUAUGCAGGUCGACCAGGAGAUGCUGUUCGAGAUCAUUCUGGCUGCCAACUACCUCGAUAUCAAGGCCCUUCUUGACGUCGGCUGCAAGACUGUUGCCAACAUGAUCAAGGGCAAGUCGCCAGAGGAGAUCCGGAAGACGUUCAACAUCACGAACGACUUCACUCCUGAGGAGGAAGAGCAGAUUCGGCGUGAGAACGAGUGGGCUGAGGACCGUUAA